GUCGUUUACGUUUUUGGUGGACCGAUUAACUACCCGGUUACUACUAUCACUCCGACGUUUCUCAACGCAUUUACAGUAAAAGUUUUGCAAGAGGCCGAUCAUUUGGCUACUGAAGCUCUACACGGAAGACGUACAGAUGGUAGCCGUGAUCCCGACUUGGAAGAUCUCAGCAAAAAAGUCCAACAGAUGCCUGUUGUAAUGGUUCCUAUCCACUUCGAUCGCCCUCCUACCGAAGUCAAUUCCUAUAAGCGAUCUUUUGUUUUGCGGCCAUUUAUUACCUCAGAUUUCAUGACUGGUAUUGCAGCACUGCCAGGAAGAGAUAAUAUUCAGCUAGCACUUGCC